UCAGUAUCAAGCCAAUGUCUCUCACUGCGAAUAUGUAUCCAGAAAUGGAGAACAAAGUCAAGGCAUACUUGAUGGAAACGAUUGUCAAGGAUUGCAAGGUCAAGGAAUGCGACGUGUCGAGUGAUUUCAUUGACUUUUUGUUGGACCUAGUGCUCUUGAAUCCCGAAUAUGACUUCGUCAGAGAAGAUACGUGCCAAACAGAUUUAUCGAGCAUCGUCUCCGCCGUCACAACCAAACUUACGGACCAAACAAGACCGAGCCUGGUCGUCCUGAAACUUCAGCUGUACUUCAAAAAACACUACGUAUCCAGAGACGAGGCGAUCCUGAAACACAGAAAAUGCCUUUACACAAAAACGGCGCCUCUUUUGCGGGAAAUUUGCAACGCGACAUUGCAAAAAAGCACAGAACAGGAUGCCGAGAAGUUGUACCAAAAAAUGGUGAUAUUUAUCGUUCUGCUAAGCGGUCUCGGAAAUCCUUCGGUACCGGGAGUGUUGAGGGAGGCCAGCGCCGCGCUGCACAGCGUCUACCGCAUUUCCGAGGUGAAUCACUUCGUCACAUUGCCCUUAGAACGGAAAGAAGGACAACUGACGGAGCUGAUGUUGAUAGUUGCUGGCAUCCGGCUGUUCAACCGAGAUUUGCAAAGAGGCGGAGAGGGGAUUGACGAUCUGCCGAGCGUUCUUCAGGAAGCAAUUGCGAAGACUCAAUCCUCGACGAUGCACGUCCUGGAAAAGAUAAUGAACAAGGUGUAUAAUUUUACCGCAGCCAUAGACCGGACGAUAUGCGCUUCUCUGGAGAGAGAAGACGUCUGUUCAAAUGACCCGAACCCGUCGCAUUGGCCACCCGAAAUCACUUUUGAUCACGUUGAAUGGGCCGUUCAAAUGCUGGCGGCGGGUCGUCAACAGGAAGUAUAUAUUCGGAAAUUACUGGACGACAUCGAGCGCUGUGAUUGCAACGUGAAAGGUCUCAUGGAGAAACUGCAGGCUCGUUUACUCCAACUACACGGUGCUAUUCACUGCAGGACUGCGAUUCCCACUGUCGAGAUAUACCCCCAGUUCAUCGACCUUGCGAACACCUGGAUGCAACUACAGGAUGAGGUCGUGGUUUUGAGCAGCAUCAAUACGUUUCUCUGGGAGCUACAGUCGAUGACGAUAAACCACGUCGAUACCUUCGACGAUGCGUUGCUCAGAAUGUUGAUCGAUGACGGUCAAGUUCUGACCGAUGCGGAGAGGCUCGAGGAACAGAUGGGAAAAAUGAUAAACGAAACGGGGGAGUGCCAAGUAUUCUACCCCAAUAUCACCAAGGAUUUCGAUCAAAUUCACGUGGAGUACCUCGGGUUCUGCGCGUGGAGCCUUGCCGAAGGAAUGGGUGCCUUGAUUCCGGGAAACCCGAACAUCGGUGUGCUCAAGUGGAACGGAAAGUACUUCGCGUUCAGCUCCAGAGAAGCAGCUAGUAAGUUCGGAGUUGAUCCGGAGAGAUUCGUCAACGGGACGGUAGAAUUCGUGUACAAUCAUCCCGAAUACGUAAACCUGCUUCAAAUGCACGACGAAAUCAAACCAGCGAAGGCUCAGACCAUGUCGGAGACAAACUCGGAUCCCAAGGUGCUGCACGACCAGGAAGUGCAGACAGUUUUGCACCCGUUGGAGUCGAAUAUUGUCAAGGACUACACGUUCAGUACUUGGGAAUAUAGACGAAGGGCGCUGCAGCUGGCGAGUAUUUGUCAACGAGCUACGCACAGUACGCAGACUUACAAAUCACACUUCCGCAGUAGCGUUUACACGCAUGCGGCCCCGCCAAGAGAUCGGGAGGUCCAAACAAUGCGCGAUAAUUACGCUAAUACUACUAGAUUGAAAAAUUUUAUUUACGGAUUGCGCGGAAAACGUGGCGAUCAGCAACAUGUUGUCCAAUUUGAGGACGCGUGAAAGUCCCUCGGCUCUUGGCUGUAAAACAAUUAUUGAUCAAUAAAUGUGUUCGGUGAAGAAAAUUACGGAAUGGAUUCGUUAAAUUAUUAUCAAGUUCGAAAACUUCUGUAAUAAUAUGAAGGGCAGUAUUUUUUUACCAAACAAUGAUUUCUGAUAUAAUUACGAAUCGAACUGCGAAUUUAUACCGUCAAUAUAAAAAUAAUGACAAUAAUACUCACAGAAGGUUUCUCUAUUUUACAAUUCUCCGUAGCUUUGUCAAUACUUCUGGCCUGGACAUUUGUUCGGUUCCAACAACAGAAACCAACCCUUACGAGUCGCUCCUUACUUUGCACCUUCAGAAAUAUUUCAAUCAGUGCAUGGUCCCGGGAAAUUUGUCAAUUUAUUCCUGAUGUCUGGAUUUUCUUGCAACACUUUUGAAUACGGCACCGAAUUACAUUUGGGAAUACAAAUAAUUUACUUCUAAGCACAGCGUAAUGUUAUGAAUGAGAUGAAAGAAAAUUAUAGAAUUAGGAUAAUUUGCGAACACUGUGAGAUAAGUACAAUAGAUUAAACCUAAUGAAUCUAAUGGUACGAUAACUUAAUUAAUGUGAAACACCGAAUUCAUUUACGUCUCGAUCUGAUUAUAUACUUGCAGUUGUUCAGGUUUAAAAAACAGAUACAAUAAUCUUCGUCGAGGAGACCCAGCGACUACAAUAUAAUGAGACCUGAUAUUGAUCAAACAAAUCUGCAAUGUCGUGAUGCAAUUAUUAAGCAGCUCCUGCAUUUUUACCUCUCCACGAAAUAAACCAAUUGAAAGAUUGUCGAACUAUUGGUCGAGUGCAAAAAAGGAACAAUAACUGUAUUUCGUAAAGGGAUAAAUGGAACAGAGGCGCAUAAAUGACAGAGAGCAAAUUUAAAAAAAAAUGAAAGCAAUAUUUUAAUCGGGCAAUGUUUUCAAAUACAAUUAUAGUACACCGCGGGUUGUUCAUGGCUUUAGAAAACAUAAUCAAUAUUACUUUUAUCCUUCCAUAACAUUAUUCGUAUUUUUUUUCUUGUUUUUUUAAAUCAUUUUUUUCGUUUUUUUUUCUUCUCAUUCUUAUCUUAUCUUAUAUUUUCCGUAUUAGCGCUUUCGUUAUUUGCCGGCCUAGUUAGCAAGCUGAUUUUGUUCUCUUUGCUUUUGCUAGUAUCAUGAUUUAGGCCAGCGUAAAAUUACAUAAUUUAUGUUCAAAAUACACGGAUGGUUCUGUACUUAGUGAGGUACAGCCGGGCAACUAUACGAAUGACUUCAUAAUUAGAACGUACAUACUUCAACUCAUAAUCCUAUUUUUUCUUUUUAUAUAUUUAUUUAUUCCUACUCAAACGCCGUGCAGCAACAUUUUUUUUCUUUCUCUUAUCGCGUCACACAUUUUGACUUAAAACUUGUUUUUUCGUAUAUGUAAAUCAUGAAUCAUCAUCAGUUUUAGCAUUCCAUUGAAUCUUAUACGUUAAAGGUCAAU